AAAAUGCUUGAAAAACGCCAGUGUUGAACCAGAGUGUGAACAGCUUUCACAGUCGUUACCGAUCAGGCGUGCUAACAUAACGAGACAAAAUUUUAUUUCUAUUAUUACAAUUUUUUUUAAUAAGUUUUGUGACCAUGGUCGGAAGUGCCCAAACUUUUGCCCAAAAAAAGUGACUCUCUAGGCCAAAAAUGCCGGUUUAACCACCACCAUGGCAGUGAGCACCUCCUGGUUCCACCAGUGGAACCCCCCGAACCUCUUCCCGGACCCCUUUUUCGAUAACUUCACCACCGGAAGGAGCAAGCAAAAAAAUGUCGAUAAAUAUGGGCAAAUUUCCAACCUCCUCCCAUUUUUCCUGCAACUGGGCCUCCUGGAACCCCCACCUCCACCCACGGAGCGCACCGGCCAUUUUACCACAUGGUACAAAUGGAAAAUGCUGGACUACGUCUACCCAUCGGACGAGGACCGGAUCGCAGCCAUCGCAAGCGAGGACUUUAUUCCGGAAAACAACCUACCAUUGGGCCUGGAGGUGUACCAGGACCGGAUUUUUGUCACCAUGCCCAAAUGGAAGCCUGGCGUACCAGCCACACUGGCCGUCAUACCCAAAACACGACGGGAACUGUCCCCAAAACUGGUACCCUACCCCAACUGGGACUACCAUAGGACUGGUUCUUGUGAGGGCAUAACGUCGGUUUUUAGGGUCCAAGUUGAUACUUGUGGACGUCUGUGGGUGCUAGAUUCGGGUCAGGUUGACAUAACCAUCCAACCCAGGCAAAUAUGCCCAGUCCAAAUUUUUCUAUUUGACCUCAAAACGGACAAACUUUUACUCCGGUACCCUCUACCGGACGAUUUCAUCAAACAGGAUUGUCUCUAUAGCAACAUCGCCAUAGAUAUCCGCGAUAAUGACUGUCUGGACGUCCACGCCUACUUGACCGAUGUCUGGCGGUAUGGCCUUGUGGUUUUCAGUCUCAAAAGAAGGACAAGUUGGCGCAUCACCGACCAUUUGUUUUACCCUGAGCCCCUCGCUGCGGCUUACAACGUCCAUGGACUCGAGUUCGAAUGGGUGGAUGGUAUUUUCGGUAUGGCCUUAAGUCCAUACAACAAGAAGGCCAAAGACCGCGUCCUGUACUUUCACCCAAUGUCGAGCUUUCGCGAGUUUUUCGUCAAGACUUCGAUCAUUUGUAACGAGACUGGAUGGAGUGAUGUUAAGGACGCGUUCAAGGUGAUGGGGCAAAGCCGGGGGAAGUUCGGGCACGUGUCGGCCUCCGGGAUGGACAGGAAUGGGGUGAUGUUCUUCAAUAUGGUCACAAGGGACUCGAUCGGGUGUUGGGACUCGCGAAAGCCGUACAAGAGGGAUAAUAUCGGGAUUAUUGCCAGGAGUACGAAGACUUUGGUUUUUCCCAAUGAUUUGAAGAUUGAUUUGGAGGAGAAGCAAAGUGUGUGGGUCUUGUCGAACCGUUUGCCAUUUUUCUUAUACCGCGAACUGAACAAGAGUGAUUAUAAUUUUAGGAUUUUGACUGCGUACGCUGAAGAUGCCAUAAAAGAUACCGUUUGUGAUCCGCAUUAUCGCAAUCAUGACACCUUCAGGAGCUUUCCUGAUGGCGAAGAUUGCUACUAAAUUAUUCAAAUAAAUUUUUAUUUUCUCAA